AUGCUGCUCCAUGUGCUGCGUCGUCCGUCUGUGCAGCUCCAGCUACUCAUCCGACGCUCUCGCUAUGAUCCUAUUCACAACAUCUGCUUUUCUAGCUCCAAUGUGCUGUCAAAGAAACAGAGCGAGGGGGAGGAGGAAAUGAGCAACAAAAUGCUAUGGGAUAAGGUUUUAUCUAAUCAACCAGAGCAUGUGGAGCAACUGAGCGGCGACUUGCUGUAUGAAUAUCCACGCAAGAGUUAUUUUGGCUACAUGUCAGCUGGAGCUCUUGCUCAUAUUGCCUUCUGGUCUUGGCUCAAAGGCUAUGAACAAAGUCUUGUAGAGAUGCAUCCGGUGCUGGGCCAACCGACUUUCUUCUCGUUUAUUUCGGAUGACGUUGCUUCCUCCGUUGGUUUUGGCAUGAGUAUUCUACUCGCUGGACUAAUUGGCUUUCAUGCAAGACGGACUGUAGCUCGUAUAUCGGUCGUUGCUGGCGGUGACAAGUUGCGCUUCACGACCCACAAGUUUUUCGGAAACUUAGGCGAACCUAUUGAUGUGCCAAUCUCAUACGUCUCGGCACAUCCAAACACGAAAAACAACAUUAUUCUGAAGCUGGCCAACACGCGCGGAUUCUUUUUGGUCGAUACGAAGGGCAAGUUCUUCAAUCGUGAAAAGCUGGAGCGGAUGAUAACUUUUCGUACAAACUUUAAAGAGCACGAAGAAAUGAUGGAAAACAAGACGAAGAUAAAAGUACGGACGGACUUGCCGCGUGUGGAUCUCAAGGCAGAAACAACACAGGCCGGUACGAAGCGAAAACUUCCAGCUCGACCGCGCUCAAAGGCUAGUCAUGGCAAUUUACUUGGCAAGAAGCAUUUGUACUCGAAGAAGGGCGGGAAGAAGAAAUAG